AUGGUGGAGUCUAGGGUCCAACAGAGCCGAACCAGGGACCUCGACAAGCUCCUCCUCCGACCCGGGUAUCUCGUCGGACCCAACUUCGAACCCGGCGUAGAACUGAGAGAAGACUUGAAAGAGUACGUGAGAGUUUUGGUGGUAGGGGCUGGUGGGCUAGGCUGUGAAUUGCUCAAGGACUUGGCUUUGUCUGGCUUUCGAGAAAUCGAAGUCAUCGACAUGGAUCGUAUUGAGGUCACUAACCUCAAUCGUCAAUUUCUUUUCAGGCUUGAAGAUGUGGGCAAGCCAAAGGCUGAGGUGGCUGCCAAACGAGUCAUGCAAAGAGUUGCAGGGGUAAACAUAAUUCCCCACUUCUGCCGCAUUGAGGACAAAGAACUCGACUUCUACAGCAAUUUCAGCAUCAUUGUUCUUGGUCUUGAUUCGAUCGAAGCUCGUAGCUACAUUAACUCUGUUGCUUGUAGCUUUCUUGAGUAUGAUGAUGAUGAUCAACCGCAAGAAGAAACGGUCAAGCCUAUGGUAGAUGGUGGGACUGAAGGUUUUCAAGGACAUGCUAGGGUUAUUAUGCCAGGGAUGACUCCAUGCUUUGAGUGUACACUUUGGCUUUUCCCCCCUCAAGUCAAGUUCCCUUUAUGCACACUUGCAGAAACUCCUAGAACUGCUGCUCAUUGUAUUGAGUAUGCUCACCUAAUAAAAUGGAAUGAGGUACAUAGUGGAGAGGCUUUUGAUCCAGAUGACCCCGAACAUAUGAACAUGGUGUACGAUGAGGCUUAUAAGAGAGCUGAGCUAUUUGGUAUUCCAGGAGUUACAUUGUCUCUCACUCAGGGAGUUGUGAAGAACAUCAUCCCGGCUAUUGCUUCCACAAAUGCGAUUAUAUCAGCUGCCUGUGCACUAGAAACAUUGAAGAUUGCAUCUGGAUGCAGCACAACUCUAUCGAACUAUCUAACGUAUAACGGUGCAGAAGGUCUCCACACGAAAGUGACCGAGUUUGUGAGGGACAAAGACUGUCUAGUAUGUGGCUCAGGUGUUCUUAUUGAGCUUGACACCUCAGUUACUUUGCAAACGUUCAUUGAGCUACUUGAAGAACACCCUAAAUUGCUGUUGUCAAAAGCAAGCAUUGCGCAUAGAGGGAACAAUCUGUACAUGCAAGCACCACCUGUACUGGAAGAGAUGACCAAAUCAAACUUAAGCAAGUCUCUCUAUGACCUAAUGGGUAAAAUUCCCAAGGAUGUUGUCCAUGCCACUGGUACUACAAACAAGAAUGACAUAAAGACUUCGGUUCUGAGAAAGUUACGAGUUGUUUUCAAGAUAGUUGAUGGGAUUACGGAUAUGGAGACUGCAGCAGGUGAUCAAGCAUGA